GCUGCUCGGUCCCAUUUUCCGCACUAGGCAGAGCAGCCCGAGUUAUCAUGAUUACACACAUCAUCAUGGCCUUCCCACUUUGAUUAACCACGUAUACUCUACUAGCUAGCAAGCGCAAGGUGAUACACCUUACUUCUUGCCUAAUGGUAGUGGUUUUGCUUUGCAUGAUCCCAGCUGAGUGUUGUAUCACUAGGACGUUAAGAUAUUAAGCGUGCUGCCCACCUUUUAAAGCCGCCUUGAGCCUUUAACGAACAAGUUGGUUGGUGCAUGUGGUGCGGCCUUUUGGAGACCUGCUCGGUGCCUCCUCACAUACGAUGAGCCGAGAGAGGCGAUGGGUGCGAGGACAAGGGGCACUGUUCCAAGCAUGUGGGCUGUUGGGAGUUGAAUUGAGGGGCCGUUUACGGAUUGAUCGAAAAGAUUGGUAGUAAAGAUAAGAUGGUAGCAGUAAGGUGGACGUGGGUGAUGAUGAACCGUCUCGUCUCGCAGUCUUCCGUUGAUGUGUGGUGGUAGUUGCGGGUCCGGUAGUUGCCUAACAGUUUUGCCUUUUUCUCUGGGCGUGCGAUGCGAUGCUUCCGUUUCGUGUGUGACUUUUCCGGCGCGUUGGUGCCUCGUAGACGCGCCUGUCGACCGGCUCGGUUCGGGAUGAGAUGUUUAUCCACACGGUGGCGAUGGUUCACUGCACUGUUUCCAGUCGUUUCGUUUUCGGUGAUCCUUGAAGCUAGCUGCCAAGCGUGUCAAUUCGCUGGUCGUCGGCAAGAACGUAAUAUUGGACCUCGACUGUUCACAUACAACAAUGUUUUGCAAUCACAGGUUGCACUCCCAUGAAUCGGCCACCGCAGAUGUAACUUGUAAGAGCAAUUCUAAUCGAUUUCCUAUCUCGUGUCAAAAAAGAAAAGGAAGAUAAUUUUGGUUUUUUUUUCUUUAGCCAGUAACUAGCGGAUCCUCUAAACUGAAUACCAUAUGAUAAUUUACCUUUCGGGCAUCUAUCCGACGCCAGCCCGUUCGUCCCCCGUCGUGGUCUUCGGAAACAAGGUCGAUCCCAUGCUUCGCCGCCCGCUAGUUUGGUCGAAACGACGACGACUGGCUGAUGCAUCACCACCGCAUCGCAAGUGUUCGACGGAUUGCCUAGAGAAGAGGUUGAGGGAGAUGGUCUUCGAGGACUCGUCGUCAUCCGAAAAGAAAGAAGACGACGAAGACUUUGAAAUUGUUUUAGGCAUGAUUUUCAGUGAUGAUAUCUCGCGCUCUAGGACAGGAUCGCAGUUUGGCCUCAUACACAUUACCCGUGAUAGAGCGGAGGGCUAUGCUGAGAUCAUGAGAGACUACUUUGCCCCAAAUCCAACCUAUCCGGUGAAGUACUUUUGUCGGCGCUUCCGGAUCCACACACGCCUUUUUCUCAGCAUUGCAAAAGUUGUUGAGAAGUAUCAUGACUAGUUCAAGCUCCGGAUAAAUGCAAGUGGAGAGAUAAGUGCAAGCCCUCUAAUGAAGUGCACCGCGACUUUUCGAGUCUUUGCAUAUGGGUGUUUGGCCGAUGCCAUUGAGGACUAUAUUUGCAUUGGUGAAGACAUAAUCUUGGAGGCUUUUGAAGGUUCACUAAAGUAGUUUAUUGAUGUUUUUUGGACCUCAGUACUUGAGAGCAACCAACGAGGAAGAUGCCGGGAGGCUGAUGACAGAGAUUGAACCAAGAGGAUGGUUAGGUGAGGGAGUCCGGGACUAAGGGGUUCUCGGGCCACUGACCUAUCUCCAUGUACCGGACUCACGGGGCGCCCUAUGAUUGUCAUUAGAGGCCGAAUUACAAGAUGAUACCGUAUCCAGAAAGGAAUCUUUCGAAGCCUUGGUGUAUGACGUUCCUCGCAGGUGCAUUGGUUUCCCUCCAAUCUUAAA